AUGUCCACACAACACAGCCCUUUGAAACCAGACGUCGAGUCUUCAUCAGAGGUUCCCACAAAUACCAACAACCGCACCUCGCUGCGUCCAUUCCUUCUCUCAUCUUCGCGCUCACAGUCAUCACCGACGCUGCCUCGCGCACCUUGCUCAACACCAAAGUUGAGCCAACAAGAAAAACCACUUCCGCCUCUCCGUGCGCCUGAGAUUAUUGUCUCACCUGUUGAUGAAUCUUCACCGAAACUGAUCCAUCCUGCUUUCAGACACUCACAGCGAUGGCCGGACUUACGUGGUGCGCAGUCAAAUGGCAACGAUGUGACAGGCAACGGAUCGCAUGCAUCGAGCCGCGUGCAUGAGGAAAAGCAGUACGGUGUGCCAGCGUCGGAUCCAUCGCCGGACGACGAGGCCAGCUCGCCUGUCUCGCCUGUGCGCGCUUCCACUGAUCGUGGUGGUCACGAGCAUGAAGCGGAUCCGGAGCAUGGAGGGAGCGUAAGUGAAGCCGGGGAACCACGUGUUGCUGUGCAAUUUGCAAGACGGGCGUCUACGUCCUCUCCAGCCCGCCAUGAUGGAGACCAGCCGCAGCGACAGCAACAUGCUUAUCGUGCUCUUCCUUAUCCAUUGUCUCCUACGUCGCCUAUUCCAACACAGCAGCGAAUCGAACAGGGAGAGAAAGGAGCUACUCCUUCACCGCCGUUGGAGGCUUGGAGUUCUGCGCCGAAUCAUUUGAACCAGAAAAGUAAGUUUGCCGUUUUGUUUGGGAUUGGAGAUGCUGUCAUGGCUUUUGCACCAAUUGCAUUCAUCGUCCUUGGGAUAUGUAUUGCGAAGUUGCAUGGCCAGGAGGUUGAAGGCAAUGGUUUCGGGAAGAACAUUGAGCGCACCAUGGACCUCGGGCCUACCUUGUUUCCAAUCAUGUUCGCUGCUGUUGCCGGAAAGGCGUUGAAGAUAACUGCGAGAUACUGUGCUGAGCAUGGUUCGAAGCUUGGGACCUUGGAAUUGCUGAUGGCCAGCCAAACGGUCUGGGGCACGUUCGAAAGUCAAGUUCUUCUGAAAAGCUUGUCAGUCCUGGGUGCGCAUCUGUUCUUCCUCUGGGCCCUAUCCCCAAUCGGAGGUCAAGCAUCGCUCCGAGUCCUUGAAUUUGGUAACGUGACCAUUGGAAAUCAGUCUCAGGUCAUUUACAUGUCAACUGGAAAUAUGAGCCCAUUGCAAGAUACGCAUUCAUUACUCAACAAUGGAAACCAAGGAACGUCAACCAACGCUGCACUGAACGCCAUGUACAACGCUGUCCUGACCGCUCCAAGCCAAAAUGGCAUGAGUAAAGUAGACCUCUGGGGUAAUCCGCGCAUACCUCGAAUCGAUACUUUGGUCAACGUGACAGCGGACAACAACGGCUGGCUGCCAGUACCAGACGUGUUGACUCCAGGUCAAUACUCAGCUUUGGUAGGGAUACCCGUGGCAGGCGUGCUCCCCGUAGACGAAGUGGACCUUGAAGUCACAAGCUCAUAUCUGGAAUUCAGUUGUCCGUGGCAAGGUAAGCUGCCAUAUUCCGGUAAUGAAACGCUGCCCCUCGGUAGGAUCUGGGGGCUGAAUGGCACAACGAGGCGGAUUGGCGAAAAUGUAUUUGGCGAUGCAUUGAAGGGGACUCAGACGACAUUUUUCCUGGAUACGGAUACUCCAUUCACAGACGCACGGCUGAAUGGGAUAAAUUAUGAUGCAGACGUCCCCGAGUACAAUUUCCCAUUUGAUAAGGAUGAACCCUCGUUAAGAGAUCCCCGCACGAUCACGUUCGGUUCACGAUAUUGGCCCCCAAACGAGACAGAGUCCUAUACCAUCCUGCGGUGGUGUACUGUGACAGCCAGAUAUGUGGAUGUGGUCUUUAGAUGCGACAAAGGCAGCUGUCUCGCAAACAAGAUGAGAAAGGCGGAGAAGUACAGUAAACGAAACAAUAAUAUUACCGUAUUAGACUGGAACACGACAACAACCAACCUAUUUGAGCAAUUGCCGCGAUCUCACGGUAGCGUUCAAUUCGGCAGAUCUGAAGAAAUGACAAUGACCGAGAAGUACAUCCGGGGGGCUCUCAACGUCUACAGUACGGGCACGCAAGUCGUUGAUAUGGAACAUGUGACCAUGGAGGAUUUCAACGAUCGAUUCACCAGAGUCAUGAACACAUAUCUGCAUCUUGCGCAAGGGCCGUUUGCAUUUGCUGGAAACAUACCACCGAUUGCAGCGUUUGGACCAUAUGGAAAUUCGACAAUGGAGAACGGAACGGCGAUGACAGCGGCAACAUCCGGUGUUACUAAUUAUGGAGAUUCUGAAAGUGUGGUAGCACCUUGGUAUGGAUUCCCGUCCAUGGCGACGAACAAGACGUUUCAAAAGGUAUACCAAUGCAACUUCCUGUGGUUGGCUGUGAUGGAGGCCUCGUCUGGUAUACUGCUGUGCUUAGGUAUUGCAGGUCUGAUCAUGAAGAUCAGAUGUAGAGCGCCGGACAUGCUGGGUUACGUUGCCAGCAUGACGUACGAUAAUCCUUACGUCGUCCUCCCGGCUGGAGGUUGUGUGUUUAGUGCGAUGGAAAGAGCUCAGAGACUGAAGAGGAUGGAAGUCCGCAUUGGCGAUGUCCAGCCUCGGUCCAAGAUGGGACACGUGGCGUUUGCGAGCGUUCAAGGCCAUUCAGGAAUCGGCAGUCUGCAAAAGGAACGACUCUACGUCUAA